GCCAUGUCGUUUCGGAAGGUGGUGCGGCAGAGCAAGUUCCGGCACGUUUUUGGGCAGCCGGUGAAGACGGAGCAGUGCUACGAUGACAUCCGCGUCUCCCGCGUCACUUGGGACAGCACCUUCUGCGCUGUCAACCCCUCCUUCGUCGCCAUCAUCGUGGAGGCCAGCGGCGGCGGCGCCUUCCUCGUCCUACCCCUGCACAAGACCGGGCGCAUCGACAAGUCGUACCCCACGGUGUGCGGGCACACGGGCCCCGUCCUCGACAUCGACUGGUGUCCCCACAACGACCACGUCAUCGCCAGCGGCUCAGAGGACUGCACCGUCAUGGUCUGGCAGAUCCCCGAGAACGGGCUCAGCCAGCCGCUGACGGAGCCGGUGGUGGUGCUGGAGGGGCACUCGAAGCGCGUGGGCAUCAUCGCCUGGCACCCCACCGCCCGCAACGUCCUGCUCAGCGCAGGCUGUGACAACGUGGUGCUGAUCUGGAACGUGGGCACGGCGGAGGAGCUGUACCGCCUGGAGGGACUGCACCCCGAUCUCAUCUACAGCGUCAGCUGGAGCCGCGACGGCGCCCGCUUCUGCACCGCCUGCAAGGACAAGAGCGUCCGCGUCAUCGACCCCCGCCGCGGCACCGUGGUGGCCGAGAAGGAGCGGGCGCACGAGGGGGCACGGCCCAUGCGGGCCAUCUUUUUGGCCGACGGCAAGAUCUUCACCACCGGCUUCAGCCGCAUGAGCGAGCGGCAGCUGGCGCUGUGGGACAUGGAGAAUCUGGAGGAGCCCAUGGGGCUGCAGGAGCUGGACUCCAGCAAUGGGGCUCUGCUGCCCUUCUACGACCCCGACACCAACGUGGUCUACGUCUGCGGCAAGGGUGACUCGAGCAUCCGGUACUUUGAGAUCACGGAGGAGCCCCCCUACAUCCACUUCCUCAACACCUUCACCAGCAAGGAGCCCCAGCGGGGCAUGGGCUGGAUGCCCAAGCGCGGGCUGGACGUCAGCAAGUGCGAGAUCGCCAGGUUCUACAAGCUGCACGAGCGCAAGUGUGAGCCCAUCAUCAUGACGGUGCCAAGGAAGUCGGACUUGUUCCAGGACGACCUGUACCCCGACACGGCGGGCCCCGAGGCGGCGAUGGAGGCGGAGGAGUGGGUGGCGGGCCGGACGGCGGGGCCGGUGCUGGUGUCCCUGCGCCAGGCCUACGUCCCCAGCAAGCAGCGGGACCUCAAGGUGAGCCGCCGCACCCUCCUCCACGAGAGCUGCCCCCCCGCCACCGCCGGCCCCACCACGCCGCCCCCCACGCCCCCUGCCACGCCCGCCCCCGCCCGCCUCAGCGCCCCCCCGGCCCUGGGCACCGUCCCCUCUGCGCCCACGGGGGGCGGGCGGCUGGAGGAGGUGCUGCAGGAGGUGGCGGCGCUGCGGGUGCUGGUGGCGGAGCAGGGCCAACGCAUCGCCCGCCUGGAGGAGCAGCUCAGCCGCCUCGAGAACGGCCACGUCUAG